GAAAUUUUGCAUGAAGACUCUCCCUAUUCAAUAAACGCGCCAGAUCUUGGUCAUCAGCAAAGUGUAAAAAGAUCAUGUUCAAUAAACUCGCCAAAGCUUAAUUCAAAUGAAUGUGAAAAGACUAUUACCCUUGAAGUUGAAUCGUCAGAUACUAUUGAUCAAGUUAAACAGAAAAUUCAAGACAAAGAAGAUAUUUUUCCAGAUCAGCAACGUCUUAUCUUUGCAGGCAAACAACUCGAAGAUGAUC